GAUGUGCAGUCGCAGUGAUGACUGAAAAGUGCACAGCUGCUCCGCUAUAGAAAGUGAUAAGUAGGAUGAAGAACAAUCAGCUGUUGUACUGUACAAACAUCAACAUGCACGAGUCCGGACACAUCAACCGUGACCGCCUCCUGUCCUCACAGUCCUGCGGCGCGUCUGCACCGUGACGGAGACGUCCGCUGUCCGAGGUAGCCGACGGGUCCGUCCUGCAGGCUGACGGGUUCGGUCUGUCUCCGGACCGAACAUCAAUCCUGCUCUGUCCUGCAUGUGACGACCCCGUCGCGUUGAUUGGCGUGCGGGAUGACAGAGGCUGAUGCUGUUCCCCCUCUGUGAAUUUGGGAGAUCACCUCUACUGUUCACCUUGGAAAAACGCGUGAAAGGUUGAUGGAUCGCAUACAGCAGAAACAAAUCAGCACUGAGCCUUGUGGGCCCAAAAUGCAACCUGGCCCCUGUGCAUUGAUCGAAACUGGUCCGGGUUUACCUCCACAGCUCACAGUCAAGGAAUCACCUCCCAUCAGCCCAUCAGAGGUGCUCAAUAGACCACCUGGAUCGAGCCCCAUGCAGGCUGCAGUUGCACCUAUGAAAUUUAUAGACCAAAAGCAGUCUGAGCAGGCAAAGUCUGGGUCGACUCCAGCAACACUGGCAAGCAUUAGUCGGCCAAGACCAACUGCUCUUGGAACUAAACUUGCUCCAAAGAUCACCAGAAUCUCAGCAGACCCCUCCAAGGAAAUACAUUUGAUGCCAGUUUGCAUCCCUGGACCUCAGAGUGCCCAUGUCUUGCCACAUUCCCCAACAGAGUCCUCCUGCUCCCUUUACAGUCCACAGAGUCCCAAAAGCCCUCAGUUUUCCACCAGCCAGCCUUACCUGAGCCCCAACCUUAGUCUCAGCCCUAAACCCAGCCUCAGCCCUCAGCCACAGAAGAGCCCCUCACCUAAGAGCUCAUCACAGAGCCAAGUCCAGUCCGAGAAGCCAGGAGAGGACAAUGACUUCAGGGUGUACAUCGUCACAUGGAACGUGGGAUCAGCUGUCCCUCCAGAUGACAUCACUUCUCUGUUCGGACCAAAUGUUUCAGAUGGGAGCGUUGACAUGUUUAUCAUCGGACUCCAAGAAGUCAACUCCAUGAUAAACAAGAGGCUGAAGGAUGUUCUUUUCUCAGACCAGUGGAGUGAGCUUUGCAUGGACACCCUCAGUCCUUUUGGAUAUGUUUUGGUGGCAUCCCAGCGUAUGCAGGGAGUGCUGUUGCUGGUUUUCUCUAAAUUCUGCCAUCUUCCAUUCCUCAGAGGUGUGCAGACACAGAGUACACGCACAGGACUUGGGGGAUACUGGGGAAAUAAGGGAGGUGUCAGUGCGAGGAUGACAGUGUUUGGCCACCCGGUGUGCUUUCUUAACUGUCACCUGCCAGCUCACAUGAGGAACCUGGAGCAGCGGAUGGAGGACUUUGAAAGCAUCCUGCAGCAGCAGCAGUUUGAUGGAGGAACUGCCACCGGUGUGCUGGACCAUGAUGUCGUGUUUUGGUUUGGGGAUUUAAAUUUCCGUAUUGAAGACUAUGACAUCCAUGUGGUGAAAUGCGCCAUUGACAGCAAUAAGCUGCCUCUUCUCUGGGAGCGAGAUCAGCUCAACAUGGCUAAAAACACAGAGUCCAUCCUGGAAGGCUUCAACGAGGGACCACUCAAAUUCCCACCUACUUAUAAGUUUGAUGUGGGCACUCAUACGUAUGACACCAGUGCUAAAAAGAGGAAACCUGCUUGGACGGAUCGCAUCCUCUGGCGCCUUCGUCGUACGGGCUCCCCAGUUCCUACCCACAAUGCAGCAUUGCAGCGGGGUCUGACCUCGUGGUUGGGUGGUGCAACCAAAGUGUCACAGCAUGCGUACCGAAGUCACAUGGGCUUCACCAUCAGUGACCACAAGCCUGUUUCUGCCAUGUUUACGCUGCACUUCCCAUUCAAGGUGGAUACUCCUCUGGUGGAGCUGGAGGUACACAAGGAGUGGUGUAAAGUUUCAGAUGCUACAGUCAGAUUCACUGUUGCAGCAACUUAUCAGCGCAGCUCAUGGGACUGGGUUGCGAUAUACAAGGUUGGGUUCAGACAUCACAAAGAUUACCAGGCUUACAUAUGGGCCAAAGGAGAGCACGCGCUGCAGGUGACAUUUUCAGAGGAGGAUUUGCCAAGAGAUGAUUGUGAAUACAUACUGGGUUACUAUAGUAACAGUAUGAACAGUAUUGUUGGACUGUCCACACCAAUUCAGAUUAAGAUUCCAGUCCACAGCCCUACAGCGCGUCGCUCCGACAGCUCAGAUGUCAGCUCUGAAGAUGACAGCACUCUGGUUCUGCUGGCUCCAAACUCCCGCAGCCCGAGCCCUAAAACUGGUAAACACCACCAUCGGCACAGACGUAGCCGCAGCCCUGCUGUCCCUACUCUGUCCUCCAACCCACUUCCCUCCCUGCAGGGCCUCAGCCUUUGUCCCCGCUCCAAAGAAGGCCAGACUCGCAGCCGCUCGCCCUGCUCUGCUGCUAAGAAGGAGCGACUGGUCUCCCCCGACACUGUGCAGUCACCCACCAUCAGCCCACUCAGCCCCCGCAGCCCUGUGUCCCCGGGCAGUGGGGUGACUGCACCAGAGGCUCUGAUUGCUGCCAUCUUAGGUGAACACAGACCAGCUCAGGUUAGCCCCACAGGGAUCAAACAGAUAGGAAAAGCAGGGGAAACAAACAGUGCAUAAAAUAUAAACAUCAGUAGUUAAAAGGAGAUACUGGACAAGGAGAACAAUAGCAGUAUCCAAGCUUUCAGAGCCUCAUCUGAUCCUACAAAGUCACUGUGCUCGUAGAAGCAGCACUCCUAAUGUAAUUGGCAAACAUUAUGCAUUAUUGGUCAUAGCCCUGCAGCUCUCUGUUUCUGAAUCUCGCUUCAUCUCAUACACUGUGUGUAUUUUUGAGUCAAAGACGUGUCCAGACUCCGGAUGACAAGUGCUUUUACAGACUCAUGAGCUAUAUCAUUCGCAAUCAAGCAUAUUGAAUGUGAAACCAAAGUCAGGGCAAACCUGUGAUGAAAGUGAGUGGGUAUUAUUGACAGAAAUAUGGAUCCACGUAAACAAUAUUAUAUCAAAAUAAGGACCCUGGACGAGACAGUGAUGGUAUCAUAGUUCACAGCAGCGUGUGUGUGUGUGUGUGUUUUAAUGUGUGAGUAGACCUGUGUGUUAAAACAUAAAUGAAAUAUGUGCAUUUUGGACCUGAUGAUGGUCAUUAUUUUAACUCUAUAGUUCUUGGUCUGUAUUCAUAAAAUGAAUCUAACAUACCCAAGAGCAGAGGUAGAUCAUUUCACCACCUCAGUCAAUCUGAAAUAUACAUAUAACUGUGUGACUUGAACAUUAAUCUUACAUCAGUGCUCUUUUUUUCUUAGCAGCUUUGUGAAUACAGUCUUUGUUCUAUAGAGAUCAGUGAGUGGAUGUUUAGGCUAAUGUGUUUCAUUUGUUUCAAAUUAAACAGUGUCAUGUGCAAAUAAAACAAGAACAAA